ACUAUUUAUUUAUCCUAUUAUCGCCUAAAUCAUACUUCUACUAGUCCUUGUAUUAUGUAAAAAAACAUACUAAAAUGAGUAACGAAACAGACGAUGAAUUCGAAGACGCUUUAGAAUAUCAAGAAAAAGAAAAACUUAAGAAUUCUGAACAAAAUAAUUCAGAUAAAGAAGUGUCGGAUACUGAAGAACCAACAAAUAAAAAUGAAACAAAGAAUUUGGAAGACUCCGAUGAGGAGGCGAAAGCUGAGAAAGAGGAAUCAGAAGAAGAAAUACUUGAAAAAAAACGACUUCAGGAAGAGAGCCUUCUCAGUGAAGAAGAAUUAGAAGAAAAAUUUAAAUCCGCAUGUGAUUUAAAAUUAGAAGGAAACACACACUUUAAAACUUCCAACUGGGAAGAAGCAAUAUUCUCUUAUACUAGAGCAUUAGAAAUUUGUCCCUUAAGAUAUACUUCCGAAAGGUCUAAAUGUUUUUCCAAUAGGGCAGCUUGCUAUAUUAAACAGGAGGAUAAUGAAAAGGCUCUCAUAGACUGUUCGAAAGCUCUAACAUUAGAUGAAAAUUACGUCAGAGCAAGGCUAAGAAGGGCAAAUAUUUAUCAGAAUACUGACAAAUUAGACGACGCAUUAGAAGAUUAUCAAAAAGUUUUAAAACUCACUCCAAAUGAUCCAGAGGCAAGGGAAGCUUGUAUGAGACUUCCGGAACAAAUUAGGGUGAGAAAUGAGAAAAUGAAAGAAGAAAUGAUGGGUAAACUUAAAGAUUUAGGAAAUUUAUUCCUUAAGCCAUUUGGAUUAUCUACAAACAAUUUCAAAAUGCAACAAGAUCCAUCAACAGGAUCAUAUUCAGUGAACUUCCUUGACGGGGAAUUUACCAAAUCAAAUAAGAAACUUAAAAAGGCUAAUUUCAAACUUCCAGAAUCUGAAUUAAUAGAAAUUUUUGAACAAACUUGUCAUCCAGGAGCCUAUCAAGACUAUGGUGUUAAGCCUGUUGAUGGCGUAAACAGGCUAUCCGGUCCCGGUACAGGACUAGAAGAGUAUCCAGCUCUUACACAAUCUGGAGGUAAAUGGCCAACAAGAAUAGCAGAUCUUUGUGGCCAAAUUUUAGAAGAGUUAGAUGAACUAGAAAUUUAUGAAGAAUGGAUAAGAAGUGGGAAAUCCUUAGAAAAAUUUAAAACCAAUAUGUGUUCAGGAAGCGGCAUUAAAAAUCAAUGCCAAUCUAUGCCAAAGCAACAUGAAGAUUUAUAA